AGCUGAUGCUGCCCUGUGCCCACGCCACAUCAUCUUGACUCGUCUGCUGCUGUCCACAGCUUUCUUGCCUCUCGACCACCCACAACUCGUACAAUAUGCAACCAUUCCUCACCAGCCUUUUCGCCCCGGUGCUGGUCGCCUCUGCUCUUCUCAGCGCCAAUGGACACCCUCGCAGCGACCCCAAGCACGACGCUCUCCAGAUCAAAGGCGGGCCGCUUGGCUCUCGAAGCUUGAAUGACCGCACCAUCGUUGGCCCAGUGACAGGUGACAAGAGCAUCGCAACGAAGAGGCAUAGUGGCGUCGCUUUUCCUGAGGAAAAUCUACUGGCUCGCUAUACUCUGUGCGAGUGUUGUGAGCGCGUGGGAUCAGGACGUGAGUCUGCCUUCGAACACACCUCAUGUACAGUAGUAGCGACUCGUUGCUGACGCAGAGCGCUUGAAUGUCUACAUGUUUUCAGGCUGCUGUCAGAACUCGCCAGGAUGCUGUGACGAUCGCUGAUCUCCCUGAGAGGAGGGCGCAGCAC